UACGGCUGUGGUCCGUUUUGGGCAACUCCGCAGUCCCUCUCUGCACUCCCAUCUGCACUUGGGGAGAGCGGCGUGUAUGCGCGGGUCCGCCUCGCGGGAAGCGGGUACGAGGCGAGCCCAGGACGAGCCAGGAGUUGCGUAGAGUAAGGGAGGUGUGAGUGGGUCCAGCAGAAGGAGACAUGGCUGCCAAAGUGUUUGAAUCCAUUGGCAAGUUUGGCCUGGCCUUAGCCGUUGCGGGAGGCGUGGUGAACUCGGCCUUGUAUAACGUGGAUGCUGGGCACAGAGCUGUCAUCUUCGACCGCUUCCGUGGCGUGCAGGACAUCGUGGUGGGGGAAGGGACUCACUUCCUCAUCCCUUGGGUACAGAAACCGAUUAUCUUUGAUUGCCGCUCUCGACCUCGUAACGUGCCCGUCAUCACGGGUAGCAAAGACUUGCAGAAUGUCAACAUCACGCUGCGCAUCCUCUUCCGCCCGGUCGCCAGCCAGCUCCCCCGCAUCUUCACCAGCAUCGGCGAGGACUACGACGAGCGGGUGCUGCCCUCCAUCACCACGGAGAUCCUCAAGUCGGUGGUGGCUCGCUUUGACGCUGGAGAGCUCAUCACCCAGAGAGAGCUGGUCUCCAGGCAGGUGAGCGACGACCUGACGGAGCGAGCCGCGACCUUCGGGCUCAUCCUGGAUGACGUGUCCUUGACGCAUCUGACCUUCGGGAAGGAGUUCACAGAAGCAGUAGAAGCCAAGCAGGUGGCCCAGCAGGAAGCGGAAAGGGCCAGAUUUGUGGUGGAAAAGGCCGAGCAGCAGAAGAAGGCAGCCAUCAUCUCCGCUGAGGGCGACUCCAAAGCCGCCGAGCUGAUCGCAAACUCACUGGCUACUGCGGGCGACGGGCUGAUCGAGCUGCGCAAGCUGGAAGCGGCCGAGGACAUCGCCUACCAGCUCUCCCGCUCUCGGAACAUCACCUACCUGCCGGCCGGGCAGUCGGUGCUCCUGCAGCUCCCCCAGUGAGGCCUGCCCUGCCCGCACCGCUCGGGCCCGGGGCCACAGCCCCGAGGACUCUGAGCAUCACCUUCCUUCUGCCCCAGAAUCACUGUGAAAUUUCAUGAUUGGCUUAACGUGAAGGAAAUAAAAGUAAAAUCACUUCAGCUCUCUAAUCACUCUUAUCAGAUGAAACUCUUUUGUUCUCAUUUCCACCCACUUUCUCUACCCACCUCCCUACCCAAAACUGCCAAGUGCCUAUGCAGACCAGCUUGACUCCUGUCCCGGUUGGAGGCCCGCGGGAGCUCCAGCCUAGGCCGAGGCAGUUGGCAGAAGAAAGGCGGGUCGCGUGUGUGAUGGGCUGGGGAAGCGCAGUGGUCAGCCUGAGUAAACCAGUAGCCUGCAGCCCUCCGUCUACCAGGAUUUGAAGACGCCGCACAGCUGGACCAAGCACGCAGGCCUCCGUUUUCCAGCAGUUCCUGCGCAGACCCAGCUGAAGAGGUGCCGGGUGGGUCAGAGAGGAAGCGGUCUGUCUCUACCAUCAGGCUGAUUCUCUCUGGGGCCAGCGGAAGCAGGUGUGUGCACACGGCAUGGAUGGAAGGAUCUGCCCUGUGCAGGUGGGUGGGCUGGAUUUGCUGCCCCCCGGGGCUCCUGAGCUGAGAUGGACUUGGCUAGUGGGAGAGGAGGCCUGGACUGAGAUGUGAGUCCGUGGGAGACUUCCUCUCCACCCCCACCUCGGUCUCAAAUGCCCGGCGGAAUUCCAUCGUGAAGGAUUGCAUCCUGCGGGCUGGGCGUGCCUGCCAGGGACGUGCGCUCUGCGCUCCUGGCUCUGCUCCGGGGAGACUGAAGGAACGGCCUUGGGGAGAAAGCCAAUGUGUGUAAACUGCCGUCAAUAAAUGGCACCCAGACCUCGCA